CUAGGCUUGCUGAUAAACGCUUGCAUUAGUGCUGUCUCUUUUUAACGCACACUAGAACGCGUGACAAAGCAAAAUAGCAAAGAGAAGCACAAAAAAAACAGAAGUAAAAGGAAAAACUGAGAAAUGGUGAUUAAUAUUUUCAUAAACAAUAAACAGUUAAUUACUGUCAAUGAAAAUGGCAUUAAAUAUGACGAACUCUGCACGCGUAUCACGGAGGCAACACAAUUACAAACAGAGGAGUUUUACUUGACAAGUAAUGGCAAACGUUUAACUGAUGAUCAUGAUGAGAUUAGAAGCAACGUUAUUCAAUGCCAGCUGCGGCAGCUGGGCGGCAAAGGGGGUUUUGGCUCUAUGCUGCGUGCGAUUGGCGCCCAAAUCGAAAAGACCACAAAUCGCGAGGCUUGCCGAGAUUUGAGCGGGCGUCGACUGCGCGACAUCAAUGAGGAGAAACGAGUGCGUGCUUGGCUGGAGAAAAGUGGCGAGCGGGAGCGGGAGGCUGAGGAACGCAAGAAGCGCAAGAUCGAGAAACUUCUGGCGGUACCGAAACAUGAGUUCAAGGACGACGAGUAUGAGGAGGCUCGUGCCAAGUUGACAGAGAAGGUGAACGAUGCGUUCGAGGAGGGUAUGAAGCAGGCUGAGGAAGCUAAACUUUCGGCACCAGCAACAGAGGAUUCUAAUAGUGCAGCCAGCAGCAGCAACAGUUCUGCAACUGCUCUAAAAUCUGGCGUCAAGCGCAAAGUUGUCGACAAGCCCAAAAACAACAAAAAGAAAAAGGGUGCUCUAUGGAUUGAUGAUGACCUCUCCGGCAGCGACUUGGACAGCGAUGAUAGCGAGGAGGAAUCUGAACAGAAGCGCGCAAUUAAGUGUUAA